AUGACUAGCGGUAAUUUACUGCCUGAGGUUCCUCUGGACGCCAAGCCCUCUCAUGCGGGCCAGCCAAGUCACGUGCCGUCAUGCCGGCCUCGCCCAAGUUUCUCCGCCGGAAGCGCCCGUCGUCAAAGAUCGAUUCUUGGAUCGAACGACUUCCAUCCCUCCACCCCUCCCUCUUCAUCCCCGCGUCCUCUGGUCCAAGCCAUCAUCAUGGCCAAGAAAGGCAAAUCGCGUACCCUCCCUGUUCGGCUCAUCUCGAUGGCCAUGACGGGCUACUUCCGAACGAUGAUCAGGCCCCGUACCCACCGCCCCUUGAGCAUGCUCAAGUACGACCCCGUCGUCAAGAAGAAGGUGCUGUUCCUGGAAGCCACCAAGGGCGGCCGUAACCGAUGA